GCAUCGGGCCCCCAGGCGGGGCGACAGGCAUCGUGCCCCCAGGCGGGGCGACAGGCAUCGUGCCCUCAGGCGGGGCGACAGGCAUCGUGCCCCCCAGGCGGCGGAGCGGCGGGCGCCGGACCCCCAGGCGGAGCGACAGGUCUCGGGCCCUCAGGCGGAGCGGCGGGCGCCGGACCCCCAGGCGGAGCGACAGGUCUCGGGCCCUCAGGCGGAGCGGCGGGCGCCGGACCCCCAGGUGGAGCGACAGGUCUCGGGCCCUCAGGCGGAGCGGCGGGCGCCGGACCCCCAGGCGGAGCGACAGGUCUCGGGCCCUCAGGCGGAGCGGCGGGCGCCGGACCCCCAGGCGGAGCGACAGGUCUCAGGCCCUCAGGCAGAGCGGCGGGCGCCGGACCCCCAGGAGGAGCGACAGGUCUCGGGCCCUCAGGCGGAGCGGCGGGCGCCGGACCCCCAGAUGGAGCGACAGGUCUCGGGCCCUCAGGCGGAGCGGCGGGCGCCGGACCC